AUGGUCCAUAAAGAGAACAAGUGCUGGUGUGUGUUCCGAUCCAGUAAAUUUUCUUCAUGUGCCACACAAGUGGAGACGACUCUGCUUUUUUACCAUGAUCUUGAGAGUUAUGAGCUUUAUGACAAUAAUGACUCUCAAGUUCAGCAAGAGCUCGUACAAAAGAUAUGGAAAGUGUUUGAGACUAUACUAGAAGAGGCCAUGGAGCUUCUAUGGUUGGUUCAUAUGUGGUUAUCGAAGCAGGAUAAGUUCUUGAGAAGGACUCUAAUUGCUAUGGACCACAAGAUUUCAGAUGUCGCUCCCUAUUGCGUAUUGCUGUUGACAUUGGACUUGCUAUCCAGUAAGAGGGACAUUGGGAUCAUUGUUCAUCUAGAGAAGUCAGUGCCAAAUCUACGUCAGAAUAUUGGGAUGUUAAUGAUUGGAGUCCCGCAUUCCAAUCAACAACAUUGGGCCGAGCGAGCACGCGGGUGGUGCAAGAGGCAAUGGGCAGCCGGUACGUGA